AGUAAGAGAGAAUCAGACAAACAUGGCGAGUAGCACCAAAGACGCAGAAUCCCAGCAACCCCUCCUACCGGAAAAACAGCCCCUUUGUCGCCGCCAUAGCACCGUGAACCCGCCGGACGAUGAACUAUCCCCGGCGCAAAAAGCCAUAUCCCAAACCUUUCAAAGCACAGCCAACCUUGCCAAGCUCCUCCCCACCGGCACUCUUCUCACCUUCCAAGUUCUCGCCCCUCUCUUCACAAACGCCGGCGACUGCUUCCCCAUCAACCGCAUCAUGACCUCCUGCCUCGUCUUCCUAUGCGCCCUCUCCUGCUUCAUCCUUUCCUUCACCGACAGCUUCCGCGACGCCGGCGGCAUUGUUCGAUAUGGCUUUGCAACCUUCAAAGGCAUGUGGGUCAUUGAUGGCACUGCGCAGCUGCCGGUUGAUGAGGCGGAGCAGUACAAGAUUAAGUUUAUUGACUUCGUGCAUGGCUUCAUGUCGGUGUUGGUGUUUGCAGCGGUGGCUUUGCUUGAUAGAAAUGUUGUAUCUUGUUUUUAUCCGGUUUUGUCGGAGGAGAUGGAGCAGUUGAUUGCGAGUUUGCCGGUGGCGAUGGGGGUGGUGGGGAGCGGCUUCUUCGUUGCUUUUCCGACCACAAGACAUGGGAUUGGAUUUCCUCUAUCUGCUACUUGAAUCUUUUCAAUUCCAUCGUCUUCUUCUUAUUGUCAUGACUUCUUUAUUUACGAAUUUCGUUGUAAAUUUGUCAUUUGC